AUGCUGGCGGGGCGGGGGUCGGGGCUCGGCGGCGGCCGCUCUUUUGUCCUUGCCGGCGGGACUCGCCGCGCCUGCCGAGGGGGCGGGAGGCGACGUCAGUGCCGCAGCGGGCGCGCGGCCGUCACGUGGCCCCGCGGCCCCAGCCCGCCGCCGAGUGGAAAAGUACCAGGCGCGCGGGGCGGGGGGCGCGCGGACAAAGGUGAGCCCCGCGCCGCCACCGCCGCCCGGCCCGCACCGCCACCGCCGACACCGCCCGUUCCGCACCGCCACCGCCCGGACCGCACCGCCACCGCCGCUGCCACCGCCCGGCCCGCACCGCCACCGCCCGGACCGCACCGCCACCGCCGCUGCCACCGCCCGGCCCGCACCGCCACCGCCCGGCCCGCACCGCCACCGCCACUGCCCGGCCCGCUCCGCACCGAGGCAGCGGCACCGCCACGCCGCACUCCUCCCCCAUCCCCCCCCUCUCCGCCUCCCCACCCCGAUAGCGGAGAGCAGACUGAUGCAACACCGAUGGGCGAUUGUCACAUCGGCUGCCGGACCCUCCCGCCCCGCGGCUGCCCUUCUCUGUGUUUACGUCCCUCCUCCCCGCCGGCGACACCGCGCGUCCCGGCCUUUUCAAUGGAAAAACGCAAAUCGGCGGCGGGACUGCGUCGCGCCGCAGUCGCUUUGCGGGUUUGCCACCUUUUCGGGAUGCGGCGGCGGCGCGUCCCUACGCGCGUCUCGGCGGAGCCCGGCAGGCUCUUGGCGACAAGCCGGGGCGCUGCCGCCGGACAAAGGCGCGAAGGACGAGCCGCGCUCCAUCCGAAAAGUCGCCCCGUUCCUCCUGGCGGCCCGGUAGAAAAAAAAAAUCACGUAAAAAAGUCAGAGGUAUCAAAAGGAAAGAAAAUAUCGCGUCUGUGUCGCUCCGGCGUCGCUCCCGGUCUGACGGCCCCCUCCGGGCGCCGCCGCUCUUCAGGCAGGAAUGUGGGCGCGUCACCGCAAGGGGCGCGGCGCCCGCCCGCUGCCGCGCCGCCCCCCCGCCCUGCCCGACUGACCCCCUGCCGCCGCCCGGGCGGGGGCUGGGGGGCGCGGGGGGCGUCCCCGACGGAGGGGUGGGAGCCGGUCACCGGCGCGCGGGGGUCGGGAGCGCGGCCGCUGGCACAUGAGCCGAGCAGCUUUCCAGUGUUUACAUUGGGGCCCUGGUUUACGCGCUGGAGCCAGGACGCUGCGGUGCUUGAGAGGCGCUUCUACCGGCCCAGUGUACCAUCCGCAGCGUCACUGCAGCACCCGGUGGCUCCGGUGGCUACCGGAUUACCCAGGAUCUGCCUCCCUCUUUCCACCCCGCCGCCUCGGUUCUGGCGCUGGGGUCUCCCAGUAGCUGGGUGCGUGGCAUGGGAUGAGGUGCCACCGACCCAUAGCUCCUCGCUGCGGUCACUCGCUAUUUUUAACACCUGCGGCAGCGCACGUGCCAGCCUGGACCCCGAGGGCAGCCGACAGACGCCGCGAACGUUUCCUUCGAGAAGUGAACCGGAACGACAGACUCCCCUCAGUGAUGUGAUUCACGAUAAACCCCCUGUAGGGAAGGGAGGGGGGAAACAGAACAUCCUGCUUCCUUUUCCUCAGGUAACCACUCCAGAUUUGGAGAGCUUUGCUGCUUGGCCCUCCGUGGAAGUGGGCGGCAGGACUUUACUGUCCGCCGCAGCUCCUCACACGCCCGGCGCAAGACACAGCUCCGAAGGAAGCUUGAUGAGGGUAGCGGGGACCCGGCUUAGCUGCUGUCUCCAUAGGGACAGGGGGUUGCAAAGCCGCCUCCCCAGCUCCUGUCCUCGCGGCAGCAGCCACUCCCACGCCAGUCUGGUGCUGCCAGCCUCGAGGGUGGAGGAUGCCCUGCCGCCGAGUCGUUUGACACCCCCCCCCCCCCCGUGUUAUCGCCUGGGCUCCCUUCUUCUGCAGCAUCGAGGGGCCAUGGAGGGUGCGAGGGGCGGCAGCCUGGCUGCUGUCCCGGGGCAGCGGCAGCAGCCGGGACACGAAAGCAGCUCACAGCGUCGAGGGACACCGAAUCCCUGACCACCACCCCCGCUCCUGGGCCCGCUGCAGUGCCCGCGGCUCUGACGGGGACACGAGGCUCCCCAGGGCUGAAACAGGCGGGCGGACGGAGGCUCUGCCCCGCCGGGCCGGAAGCGGGCGGGAAGGCGCCGGGCGGCGGGAGGCGGCUGCACCCGACCGUCCCCCCCCCACCGAAGGUUCUGGACCGCCCCCGCCGACGCCGGGUUGGGGGGCGGGAGUGGAAGCCGGGAAGGGGCGGGGACCGGCGGGGGCACGCGCAGGAGAUGCAGGAGCCGAAAAUUUUCCAUCUCUGCAGUCGUCCCCCCACCCCCAUUCGGCGCGAACUGUCCUCAUUUUAUAUAGGAAACGAUGAUGAGGCUUUGUUGCUCCUUUAUGAGAAGAAAGAUUGGUAAAAAUGCAUCCAGGAAGGAAAAUUGCUGUAUUUCUAAUGGCCCCAUUAUUGGAACUCUGCAACAUGUGAGUGCAAUCUGCACUGCUCCAGAAUAUUGAGUCUUUAAAAUUUUACCCAUGCAGUCUGUUUGCUGGUUCAAAUGAUCUACUUUUUUCAAGUGGUUUUAAGUAAUGCCUCACUGAUUGAAUUAUAAUUUUCCUGAUUUUUGUAAUUGCCAAGAAUGUCCUUGGCAAAACAUACAUAGGAUGUGUUUCAUCCAAUUUUGAAAUGUAUUUUGUAAUCGGAAU